AGGAACCGGACAACAUUGCAGCUGCACAUGUUACAGCAGGGAGAUUUUCUGUGUAUAUGACCCAAUAAAGUUGAAGUGCUGACCCUUUGAAGGGAGGUGUGCUGGACUUUUUUGAUUUUUACUGUAAAGAAGAUGUCUGAUUUAAUCUACAAGAGGUUGCCUCCUAAUGAGGCCAAGGAUCUUGGAGUAGAGCUUCCGUCCAUGAAAAGGGCUGACGCUUUUGUGAAUGCGUUUCUGAAGCACAGCAUGCCCAACCUGAAGAAGAAUUCCCUGCAGGAGAACUUGGAGCGGAAGGCAGUCGUUUUAGAGUACAGUUACAAAAAGAAGAAAAGGAAACAUUGCAAAUCCAAAGGUUUAAAUGCAAAGGAAAAAAGAGAGAUGAGAAUUUUUGAAAUUAAACCAGAACAUCAAAAGUACAACCUGUUUCUCCCUCUGCAUGACCUGUGGAAACAGUAUAUGAGGGAAUUGUGUAACGGAUUCCGAGCAGAUGCGCAGCCGCAGAUGAUCCAGAGCAGAAUACUGAAGGCUGAUCUUCAUGGAGCUCUAGUAAUGGUAUCAAAAUCCAAAUGUCCGUCGUAUGUGGGUAUAACAGGAAUAAUCUUACAGGAAACGAAACAUGUUUUCAAAAUAAUCACCAAAGAAGAUAAAUUAAAAGUCGUUCCCAAGUUAAACUGCGUCUUUAGCAUGGAAAUUGACGGAUUUAUCUCGUACAUCUACGGAAGCAAGCUACAGAUGAGAUCAAGCGAGCGGUCCGCUAAGAAGUUUAAAAGCAAAGGAAGCAUAGACCUGUAACCGUAUAAUAAAGCACAAAAGGCAGCUUCGGAUACAUUGCGGAGUCUUUUUAUGGAGAUAUGUGGGAAGCUGGGAGAAAAAGCAGUAAGUCGUAUGAGGGUAAUAUCGUAUAUUUCGGCUGUUGGAGGAGUUUCAAGGGCUGCUGGAAUUGAGUGAUGAUGAAGCUCUCGUACAACUAAUAACUCGCGUGAAAGUAAAACAUUUUUAUUUCCUUUUAGAUGACACACAAUAUCCUGUACCAUUAAAGCUGCUGCUAUAGUUUACGAUGUCCUAAAAUGUUUGGAAUGUAAGAAAUUUCAGUGUUAUAAUAAGAUUGCAAAGAUGGAGAAUUUAAAGGGCUGAAGCAGCACACCCUCAUCUAACGAGUGGAACAAUUAAUGUCUUCUCUCCGGUGCAUAUUCAUUUUCAAAGGGAUGUGAUACGGCUGAAAUGCUAAAAGCAUGCAAAGUAGCCAUUAAAGGAAAUACCCUUUCAUAUAGCAACAGUACAUUGCAGAGCCUGGCUUUCGUGGUUUUGUGUGGGUGGCAUUUUUGGUUUAGUUUUUUCUCGGGAGGUGGGGUCCCCUUCCCCCUGUAUUUUUUUUAUUUAAACUAGGAAUUCCUAAGUUGAUCUUUCUCUGUUCUGAACGAUAACUUGUUUAGUUAAAUAUCGGAACUUUAUAUGGAA